AUGAGGCACAUACUGGUGUUUCACUUCACACUGGUGUUAGCUGCUGCCUCUGUCAUCAAUAACACCAGCAAUGGGUCCCAAAGCCACAAGCUGCUGAUUGGCUUCCAGGCUCCCUGGAGCAUGUUCUACCCCUUCAGUGCCCAGCGGCUGGGCUCGGCCAUACAGAUAGCCGUGGACAAGGUGAACUCCGACUCCUCCUUCCUGGGGAGCUACAGGCUGGACUUUGUGUACAAGGAUACAGACUGUAGUCCUAAAGUGUCCCUGGGAGAAUUCAUCAGCCAGGUGUGGAGGGACAAUGUGACGGCUCUCUUUGGUCCAGCGUGCCCUGAGGAAGCGGAGGUCACGGGUCUCAUUGCAUCAACGUGGCAGAUCCCGAUGUUUGCCUUUGUGGGACAGUCUUCUAAAAUGGACAACAGUGAGAUCUACGAUUCUUACAUCAAAAUCAUACCUCCCCUUAAAAGAAGUGCAGAAGUCCUGGUGAAGACCUUAGAGUUCUUUGGGUGGAGCCAUGUGGCGAUGAUUGGGGGUGGACUGGAAACGAACACUUGGGAUAAAGUUGAUGCUUUGUGGAAAACAGUGGAGGACCCGCUGAGAUCCAGAUUUAAACUGACAGCGGAGGUGAAGUUUGACACCAGCAACACUCAGUUGCUUCAUCAAAACGUCAAGUACAUCUCAACAGUCGCCAGAGUUAUUGUGGUGCUGACAAACAGUGAGGAUGCCUUGGCUCUGCUGCUGGAGGCCGAGCGUCAGGGUCUGAUGAAUGGCGACUACGUGUUCUUCCUGGUACAGCAUUUUGAGGAUAAUUUGUGGAACCAUGCCCUGAAGAGUAGGACCAACAAGGCUGCCAUCCGAGCUUUCGAUAUGACAUUUAUCAUAGGCCAGAAAACCUACGAAGGAUACGAAUAUUAUGACUUCUUCAAGCAAGUUUUUCAAAGACUAAAAGGAGAUCCUUUUCGGAGCAACCUCACAUCUAAAAGUGAGGUCAGCCCCUACUCUGCCUAUCUACAUGAUGCUGUGCUUCUUUAUGCAAUGGGAAUGAAAGAAGUUCUGAAAGAUGGCAAAGACCCACAUGAUGGCCGGGAGCUUCUGCAGAGACUGAAAAACAAAGACAACAUUCGAUUUUAUGGUGCCUCCGGGCUAGUUCAUUUUGACGAAGAGGGGGAGCGAAAUCUGGACUAUUCCAUUUAUGACCUGCAGCAUGUAGGGGGCGACACCAAGUUUGCGCCCAUUCUCCAUUUCGAAAGUCAAACCAAAUCUAUCAGACCAACGGCUAUGUUUGGGUCUGUGGUUUGGCCAAAAGGAAGACCUCCCUCCGGUAUGCCAGAAUGUGGCUUCAACAACGAACUCUGUGAAUGGCUGAAUAACGACAUCGCCCUGCUGGCUGUGCUUGUGACCUUUCCCAUCAUCGGUAUGUUGGCAGUUUUGUGCAUCGGGGUCCUCCUGCUGCAGAAGUUUAGACUCCAGAAUAAGCUGGAUGACUCCUGUUGGUGGAUGAUCAACUACAGUGACAUCGCCAUCAUCAGAGAGCCCACGGGAAACCACGGUGUAUCCCUUAGCUCUACAGGUAGUCAGAGCGGGAGCGGUAGCUGUCAGACCAAUUUUUCCAGCAACAGCUAUGACCUGCAGGACAAGACAGGCAAAGAGCACAUCUACACCACCAUAGGUCUCUACCAGGGAAAUCAAGUGGCGAUAAAGUACCUGAGGAACCAUGAAAGCUGCAAUUUACAGAAACCUUCGAUCAUCGCAGAGUUCAAUGUGAUGAAGGAGAUGAAACAUGAGAACUUGGUGCAGUUCUUUGGUGUGUGCAUUGAACCACCAAACAUUUGUUUGGUAAUCCAGUACUGCAAGAAAGGCAGUCUGAAGGACAUUCUGAAGGCUCCGGAUAUUGAUCUUGAUGGGAUGUUCAAGCUUUCAUUUGCAUAUGACAUUGUCAAUGGAAUGGAGUUCAUUCACAAAAGCACCCUUAAAUUUCAUGGGAACCUGAAGCCCAGCACAUGUCUAGUAGAUAGCCGGCUCCAGGUCAAACUUUCUGGCUUUGGAUUAUGGGAGUUUAAAUAUGGAAGCAAAAACAAGAUCAUCCCAGCGGAAACCCCCAAAUAUGAAGAGAUGUACUGGACAGCCCCUGAACUUCUGAGACAAGUUGGUUGUUCAGUUAAAGGAACUCCCAAGGGAGAUGUCUACAGCUUUGGAAUUAUAAUGUGGGAACUUAUGUACAACUCCAAGGCUAGCCCGUACCAAGACUUCAAUCUGGACCCCAAAGAGAUCAUCAUGCAAUUGAGAACACCUUUCCACGGGGAACCUCUCCGACCAGUGCUGUCAGAGCAAAUGUGUGAUGAUAAUGUCAAUGCACUCCUCAGUGCCUGCUGGAGUGAAAACCCUGAACACCGACCACCAUUUGGAUCCAUACGGAGGCGACUGAAGGACAUCAGUCCAGACAGCCAUGCAAAUAUCCUGGACAAUAUGGUGGAUAAGUUGGAGAAGUAUGCAAAUCACCUGGAGGAGGUGGUGGAGGAACGAACCAACCAGCUCACAAUGGAGAAAGCCCGGUCAGACAAACUUCUCUCCAGCAUGUUACCGCGGUACAUUGCAGAUCAGCUGAUGGCAGGAAAAUCUGUGGAGCCACAAAGUUUUGACAUGGUGACCAUAUUCUUCUCAGACAUUGUUGGAUUCACCUCCAUGUGCUCCGUCAGCUCUGCAAUGGAGGUUGUAGCGUUCCUCAAUGACCUCUACAGUCUGUUUGACGACAUCAUAAGGAUAUAUGAUGUCUACAAAGUGGAAACCAUCGGUGAUGCAUACAUGGUAGCCAGUGGCCUGCCAAUCAGCAAUGGAAACAAGCAUGCAAUAGAGAUAUCCAUGAUGGCUUUACAUUUCCUCAGUGCUAUCCAGGUCUUCAAAAUCCCUCACAUGCCAAAUAAGAGCCUUCAAAUCCGCGUUGGCAUACACUCUGGUCCAGUGGUUGCUGGAGUAGUGGGCACCACCAUGCCUCGCUACUGCCUUUUUGGUGACACAGUGAACACAUCCUCUCGCAUGGAAAGUAACAGCUUACCCAUGAAGAUUCACAUAUCUCAAUCCACGGCUGACAUUCUUGUCCAGGCUGGAUCGUUUGAGAUGGAAGAAAGAGGGGAAAUUGAAAUGAAGGGUAAAGGACUCCAGAAGACCUACUGGUUGCUAAACAAAACUGGAUUUAAUCCUCUUAUUGCUCACAGCUCUUCACAAGCUGACAGUCUCAAAACACAAACAGAGGUACAAUAA